AUGGCCUGGAAGAUUCACCGGUUCUGGACCGCCAAGGUUGUUGUACGGUGUAAGCAUGGAAACAAAGCCAUGUGGGACCAAGUCAACAAAAUCAGAGGCUCUGACAAAUCAUUCAACACGUCAACUUCACAGCAAAUUGAUGCCAACACACUCAACACCCACUUUGCUUUCAUGUCAACCGACCCGUCCUACAAGACUCCACCAACAAAAGCAACAACAAUCAAUAGUCAUCAACAUCAACAAUUUACCCCAUACUCCGUCCUGCACAUGCUAACGAAAGCCUGUCCAUCCGGUACAGGCUUUCAAACAUUUCACGCACUUAAAACACUCCUCUCACAUGGUUUCAGAGGCAUCAAAUUAUUCGACAUCACUAAAUCACUCAUAAUCUCACGCACCAAAUAUGCAGCUCCCUCCUGGACUGGUUUUGUUACACAACAACAACUUCCGCAACUACAAUCUCUCAUCAAAAAACUAAUCCGCUUCAACUAUCUACCUGCAUCAUAUCCUACUGUAACUCAGAUAUUCGACAGACUCGAUUCAAGGCUGUUGAAGAAAGUAGAAAAUAACAACAACCACGUCAUCCAUCCUCUACUACCACCAAUCAAAACUACUACACGCAACCUUCGUCAGCGCAAGCGUAACUAUCAAGUCGCCUCUCAGUCAGCCUAUAAGGAAAAGACCUUCAUCACAAGACACCUCAAACAUAUUUGCACUCAAUAA